GGCCUCAGGAAGGGGAGUAAGAGGGAGGAGAGAUGGACAAGACGGGAAGGAGAGAGGAAGAAAAGGAGAGGGAAUAAUAGAGCUGAAGCAUGUAGCAACUGUAAAAGUUCUCUAGACUCAACGGACAAUGAUGCCAGUGUAAACUCCGGAUCAGGAUGUAGGCCUGGCAUGGAUGCAAACAUGCUGCUGUCCUGUUUACGGCAUAUCUUGUGCAUCCUCGUACCUUUAUACUUUGUGGAAACUCAGCAUCCCCUCCAACCCAACAUCACGCUAGUGUUCGACAGCUCAGACCAUGCCGACCGCUUAUGCAACUGCAGCUGUGCGACGGCGGUGCGCAGUUGUGAUGAAGCUCUUGCCCACCUGAUGUGUAGCUGUGGCACCGUGUGGCGCUCAGCUCUGUCGCCUGGCUCCAUGGAGGCAGAGACUCUGAUGGUGUGGGCGUGGCAACCAUGGCUGCUGAGGGAGCUGCUGAACGGCAGCAGGGUUCCAGAGCUGCAGCUGUCUCUGUGUAGCCCUGCCUCAUUUCUCGGACAGUCUCAAUAUCUCACUAUUGUGGGUCUGAGGAAGCUUCAGAUCUCCAAUAAUGGUGUGGCGCAGCACAAAGAUGAAAGAGUCCUGAACUUCGGGUUGGACGUGCAGGAUGGGAAUCUCAGCGUUGCUUUUUUAGACUUGUGGUCAUUGAAUAAUCACUUGAAGGCCUACAGUGUCAUUGGACCACCACUGCAGAUGCUCAUGCAGCAUUUUCCUUACCUUCAGCAAGCCAAUAUUAAGAUCACUGACCUUGAAGAGAUCCACAAGCCAUCCAUCCUAACUUUCAUUUACUAAAUUGACUAUUGUACUAAACAGGUUCUGUAACUUUUUUCUACACUGGACUAACACUAUAAUCAUACCUGUCCAACCUUGCAUGGCUACUAAACAGAAAUCCCCUAAUGCUGUGCAUCGCUUAGUAAUCAGUGCACAGUGUAAGACAUGUAACAGUUUCCUCCACUUUUCUACCAAAACCGCAAGAGAUCGAGAGAAGAAGAAUUACUUCCUUUUUCUUUUGAAUCCAUACAGUAAAUUCAGAUAAACAACAGUUAUGGCACUUACAUUGCAUCAGUUAAUUUAGCAUAUUUUGCCAUCAAGACUUAAUUUUUUAUCUUCUUUUUUGUGAAAUAUAUUCUAGGUUAUUUUUUCAGUUCCAAAUAAUGAUGGAGCUUUAACCAGAACUGUUUCCUCCUUUUCCUCCCUUUGAACCAGGUAUAUACAGUAAAGUCCAGGUGUGAGAAACUGAAGAUAUAAGAAUACUUGUACAGUCUUUAUUUCUUUGUGGUAUAUAGAUUUUCAUACUAGCCUCGUUUAGCAAUUUUGUACAAAUAUUAAUUGCACCUUAGCAUUUUAAAAUUGGUCCGCUGUUACUACUAGAACUACAAGCACUUAAUUAAAUGAAUAAAAAAAAAUGUAUAUGAUGGUAUUUGAAUGAAAAUAUUAAAACUAGCUAUCAAAGUCUAGGAAUUUUAGAGAGAAUCAGGUAACAUGGCAAAUCUUUGUAUAUAGAGAUGUCUGAUGUACAAAAUUGGCACAGUAAUUAAAUGUUAUUAUUAUUAUUAUUAUUAUUAGUAGUAGUAUUUUUAUUAUUCAUCUAUUAUA